AUGGCAACGUCAGAUAAAAUAAAACAAGCAAUAGAAUUAAAUGAUAGUAUAUUUUAUGUUGAGCAAUUAAAAUAUGAUCACGAAUGUUUGGAACAUGAUCUUGCGGAAAUGGAAGAGUUUAUGAGUCAAAUUAAAGAUGGUGUCGAUGAUAAUCAAAAACAACUAAAUAUGAUUUAUCAAGAAAUUGUAUCGAUUCAAACACAUAUGCAUCAUUUAGAUAAAAAGUCAUCGGAUCAAAUUAAAAUUAAUGCUCCAAGGAUUGAUCCAAGUCAAUUACAAAUACCAGAAGAAUCUUCUGAAGAAACUAAGAAACGUCCUAAUCAUCCUAGAAUUAUAAAAAGAAUUUAUUUAAAGAAUUCUACUGAAGUCGCUUGUAAAACUCAUGAUAAACCAAUCGAGAAAGCAUUCAUGGCAGCAUGA